GGGUCGCGAACCGAAAAAGGUUGGGAACCGAUAUGCUUUAGACUUUUCUUUAGUUAGUUAUUAAGCAUUCAAAAAAUCAGGCAAAUCGUACAGGGUUGCUGGAAGAAGUGGUCCGUCUUUGUUGAUUUUGCUCACUAUGCACUGACUACACGAAAAAUUUGGUUUGUAUUAAAGACAGAUGGGUCUCAAACAAAUCGGUACGAAGGAUUUGGUGUACAGGCGGAAGCGACCGUGUGAGCGCGAGCGGCCGCGCGCCGAGACUACGGGCACGGCACGCGUCAGAGGCCCGGGCCGUUGAUGUCUGGCUUGUGGCCGGGCCACCGGCCUGGACUCUAGACCCUGUCCUCCAGGAACUGGAGGAGGCGGCACUGUGCCCCCCACUCCCCUUUUUCCCACUCGCAGUGUCGAGUCUUACUGGCGGUGCCGUGAAGAUCAGCACUUCUCCGUGAACCAGCGCCGCAGCGCCGCGCGAGUCACAAUCAGGGUCCGGCGUCCAUUGUUUACCUCAACUGCGUUCUUUCGGAAAUUUAGGAAGCGAGGUCCGACUGGUCGGCUGGACUUCGCCGACCCUCCUCAUGGGGACAUGACGUCGUUUUCCUAGCCACCGUCAAAUAUGUUGGCUGUUUUGUUCGUUCUGGUGGCGACAGCACUGGCGACGGGGUUUCCGUCGGCCGGCAUAGCCACCGGCCACUCGCCCCGAGGCAGGCCAGCCACGCCACUGUUUGACCGCAGCCACCCCGGCCGGCUCUCCAUAGUGGACCCCCUGAGGCCACGCUCCCACCGGAAGCUCCGGAAGAGGGCUCUUACAUCAGUCAAUGACAUUGCGGACCCUGGCAGGCUUCCGGACAGCCUGCUUCCCACAUUUUACAGUUUGACUUUGACACCUCAUCUAUAUGAUGACUUCGAUUUCGACGGCAAGGCUGUUAUCUCCUUCAAUGCUACCAGCAGCACCAACAAGAUCAUUCUUCACUCCAAAGAACUGAACUACACCAAAGAGGACUGCCAGGUGUAUGAAGAUUCAGACGAUUCAAGUCCCUCAGAGUUCGCUAGCAUUACUGAUCUCCAAUUCAACACAACACUGGAGUUCGCCAAGUUCACUUUGGACAAGUCACUGGAAGCAGGUUCGCGGUACAUUCUGAACAUCUCGCAGUAUUCGGGCACUCUGAACGACGACAUGGAUGGUUUCUACCGCUCUCACUAUACAACAAGCAGCAAUGAAACCAGAUGGCUUGCUACAUCACAUUUUGAGCCGAAUGGGGCCCGACGCGCGUUUCCCUGCUGGGAUGAGCCAAUCUUCAAGGCCCGCUACGACAUCUUCAUAGAGCACGACCCAGCACUGAUGGCUAUUUCCAACAUGCCCCGCCAGAGCCAAGUUGAGUCUGACAACGACCUGGUGGUGGAUAGGUUCAUGACCACUCCGCUUAUGUCCUCCUACUUGGUCGCCUUCCUCGUGUCCGACUUCAAGAAUCUGACCAACAGCGACCACAACUUCACGACGUGGGCGCGCGAAGACAUCAUUACCGGCGGCAGCCUCAGCCAGGACGUUGGCCCCAAGGCACUGAAGGUCCUGGAGGAGUUCAACGGGGUGCCGUACACGCUGACCAAGAUGGACCAAGCGGCCAUUCCGGACUUCCCGAGAGGUGCUAUGGAAAACUGGGGCCUUGUGUCGUUCUGGGAGCCAGAUCUGAUCGUGACCGCAGACACUACGACACCCGCGUACGAGGACAUCGCAACUCUCAUUUGCCACGAGUUCGGACACCAGUGGACCGGAGACCUGGUGACUCUUGACUGGUGGUCGCACACCUGGCUCAACGAGGGGUUCGCCACCUUCUACGAGAACAUGAUCUGCAACCAGAUCAGACCGGAAUGGAACCUGGAAGACAAAAUGCUGCCCACUUUCUACCACACCGCGAUGGAGAGCGACGUGAAGGAGACCGAGAUCCCCAUGAGCAGCCCUGUCAAAAGCAACGUCAGCGACAUCAACGACCAUUUCGGCUCCAUAUCUUACAAGAAGGGUGGCUCCGUUAUACGAAUGUUUUACUACGCUCUCACCCCUGAAGUAUUCAAAAAAGGCAUGAAGCGAUAUCUGUCUGACAACAUGUACGCCAACGCGGACCCCGAGAAGCUGUUCACCGCGAUGGACGCGGAGGCGACCCUCAGCAACCUGCACCAGCUGCCCGGCGGCACCUCGUUCUCCGAGGUGGCCUCCACGUGGACGGAGCAGCCCGGCGUGCCCGUGCUGCAGGCCACCCGGGACUACUCGAACCCCGGCAAGGUCCGCUUCGAGCAGCAGCGCUUCCUGUACGCGCCGCCCAAGAACGCUUCCAACGUGGGCCAGAAGUGGUGGAUCCCCUUGGUCGUCACGACGCAGACCCAGAAGGACUUCAGCACCACGCUGCCGCAGGGGUGGCUCGCCCCGGACCAGCCUUUCGCGAGCCUCUCCACGGGCGCGACCGCUGACGAGUGGGUUUACGUUAACCCGAAGCAGACCGGUUACUUCCGCGUCAACUACGACGCCAAGAACUGGCAGUUGCUGGCCGCUGCCCUGUCCGCCGACCCGGCCGCCCUCCCCGCCUCCGGGCGCGCCCAGCUGCUCAACGACGCCCUGACCCUGGCGCGCGCCGGCCAGCUCGACUACACGCUGGCCCUGCCCUUCCUGCAGAGCCUCAAGGCGGAGCGCGGCGUGGCGCCGUGGCAGGCCGCCACCGCCGCCAUCAAGUACCUCCUCGCCAGGCUGGACACGACUGAAACCAACGACAGCUUCUUGUCCCUGAUCAAGGACGUCACUGCGGACGCGUAUGCCUCAGUGGGCUACCGAAAGAGAGACUCCGACGCGCACGAGGCUGCCUACCUGCGGUACAUCGUGUCCGACCUGGCUUGCCGAGCCGGCAACACACACUGUCUCUCAGAGGCUGCGGCAGCACUCAAAGCCUGGCUGGCGGACCCCAGCAGCAACCCGUUACAGGUGGACACCAGGCGCACCACGCUGUGCUAUGGCAUUCGCGGGUCUGACGCCGCUACUUUCGAGAAGAUGCGGCAGAAGUGGCUUGCGGAGCAGAACGAGGACGACCGAUUCACCUAUGCCUCAGCCCUGGGCUGCACUAAGGACAAGUCGCUGGUGCGAAGCCUAUUAGCGGAUGCUAUCGCCUUAAAAUACAAUUCCUCAGACGGGGUUAUGUUGUUUGACGCCCUUUACGGCCAUAUGGACAACCUUCGCAUCUUUCUCCAGUUAGUUAAAGAGAAUGGCGAUGAAACCCGCAAAGCGUUCGGACAUUCUUUUGAUGCUCGGGUACUGGCUGCCGUCGUUCGUGACUUCAGGGCCAGGAAGGACGUAGAUGAAGUGCGGCCCUGGUUAGAGGCCAAAUACAAGAGCAGUCCUGACUGGAAGAGGCUCGAAGCCGCUUUCGAGCACAUUGACAAAGAGCUGCAGUCGUGGGGUGACAAGUAUCUCGAGAAAGUGUCCUUGUGGCUCUUCGCUGCAAACGCCAGCCCCACGAUCACUCCGACGCCGUCCACGCUUCCUCCAACCGACGCCACCAUUCCCCCAACCAACCCCACAAUUCCUGAAGCCAACCCCACCCCUCCUCCAACCGACUCCACCCCUCUUCAAACCAACCCUACCAAUCUUCCAACCGACCCCACCCUGCCUCCAACCAACCCCACUCUUUCUCCCACUGACCCCAGCAUUCUUCAAACCUCCACCAACAAACCCUCUGCGGCCUCCACGACAGCUAGCACUGCAGUCCUCCCCGCUCUGGCUCUUGUGUUCUUUUCACUGUGCCUUUGAUCAAAUAAAUGAAGAGAGGUCAGAUGAA